AAAUUAAUUACAGUGAUAAAAAAAAACACCACUUGAAAACCAGUACACAUGAGAAUAAUCGUCAGAUCAAAAAGUUGUAGGGAACUACAAAAAAAAAAAAUUAAAAAUUAAAACACUUACAAAACUUUUUAUACUUUUCAAAAUUAUCCUGCUCAAUGGAUCUUUCGAAGGCUGAAAGGCAAACUCCUGAAGGGAACAAUCGGCAGGGCGGUGCGGAAUACCUGAAAGGCCUCCUUCAGGACUUUCUAUGCUUCCUCAUCAUCAUCUUUGCGGCCCUGCUCAUCGGUUGGGGCAUCUUCUUUGUGCUGGACGAUAGUAACGAGUGGAAAUAUGGGCCGCGGCCGCUCAGCAGUUCGGUGAUGCCGCUUCAGGAGACUGCAACGGUUGCAGAGCAGCCCUGCUAUCGUCCUCGCCAAUGGAUUCAGCUGUACAUCUUUCGCAGUAGGAACUCGCAGGAGCCAGACCUGUCCCCAGAAAUGGCAGAGGAGCCAAAGAAAGAUACGGAACAGCACCAGUACGCUUUGGAAACGAAAACGCAAUUGCCACAAGUAGAGGAGCAGCCACAAGUGAAGUCGCCUCAGGACGAUCUACGUGUGGAUACGGAUCCUGCUAUCAAUCAAGUGGAAUCGAUGCCAUCGAGCAGAUUAAUGGACCUAUUCAGACGUUACAUACUCGGCCGAUUAGCUGAAGACAAUGUGUUGGACUCCAAACCAAAUACCAUAAAAUUAGACCAAACAAAUUAAAACCGCAGAGCCCGCACACAUGAAAGAUGUACACAUUCGAUGAAGUUCGCCAAGCUCCGAACUAUUGGGUCUACCACCUAUAGUUUCGUGCAAUCGACUCAUUCCAGAGUAAAGGACCGCUGCAUGACGUGGUCGAAGGCUCACACAAAAAAAUAGAAUAAUACACCAAAAACUAUGAAACAACAAGAGCUAAUGGCCCAAACUUCACGGAUUGUACUUAAUCUUUCUACACAAACACUUCUUGUGUAAUA